UUUUUUUUUCCCCAGUCACUCUUCUGUGUUUAAAUACCAAAUAUAGCCUCUUGGGGGGGAGGGGAUGGAAAUCUCUUAGAAGAAUUUGAAAUCUUGCUCGGAUUCGGCAGUGCUGGUGUUGCACGGCCCGGCAGAAGGAUCGCGGAGGCGGGGGAGAGAAGGGGAGAUGCUCGGCUCUCGCUGACUGGCGGCAGGACUAGAGAUUUCCCACUCCUCGGGAAGCCCGAAGGUUUGUUUGCUAUCAAACUGUUGUUUCUCCCCUCUUCCUCUUCUGGGUCACGCUAAAUCCCUCAGCGUUAUUAAAGAAAACCGAAGUGUUGCCCACGUGUAGCUGGUGGCUUCCUUUUUUAAGGUAGUUUUCAUCAAGAAACUGGCAAAACUUCCUCCCUUCACCCGGAGGCUUUUGAGGUUUGAAACUGAAAUGGAGCUACUUUUCUCCCAAACACUACAUGUUGUCUAAGGGGAGCCAGGACGAAAACACCGUGUUUACUGAUUUCGAUCCGACUCCCCGACCCUCGGCACCCACGAGGGAUGCUUCACGGAGCUUGAUGUGGAAAAGCGAAGUUGGAGUGUGCUCAGAGACUUCGUCGUGUCCAGCGGCUUAAUUGUUGACUUUUUUUUUUUUCAAAGUGGAUUCGUAGCAUACUUUUAUGAAUUAAAUUUUGUCACCGUUUGUACAGAAGCCAAAUGACACGUGUGUUUUGAAACACGGUUCCAAAUACAUCCAUCCCUCAACCCGGAUUCUCGCUAGAAAGAGCCGGAGGGAGAUCGUCAGUGUCUAAAGAAAUCUGAUUCUACUGUUUUAUGAACAUUAUCUGCUGCAGAAAUGUUGCUAUAGAUUGCUUUAUAACGGUUCAGCAAGAAGGGAGAUUUUCCAGCUUGCAGGACCCAGGAAACUGGCUGCUUAAAGUCACUUAAAUGUUUUAACAGCAUUGGAAAAUGGGAGCUGCUACUAAGUUGGCGUUCGCUGUUUUUCUUAUCUCUUGUUCUUCAGGUGCCAUACUUGGCAGAUCAGAAACACAAGAGUGUAUCUACUACAAUGCUAAUUGGGAAAAAGAUAAAACAAAUCGCAGUGGUAUUGAACCUUGUUAUGGUGAUAAAGAUAAAAGACGACACUGUUUUGCUACAUGGAAGAAUAUUUCUGGAUCAAUUGAAAUUGUGAAGCAAGGUUGCUGGCUAGAUGACAUCAAUUGUUAUGACAGGAAUGAUUGCAUAGAGAAGAAAGACAGCCCUGAAGUGUUUUUCUGUUGUUGUGAAGGCAACAUGUGUAAUGAACGUUUUUUCUAUUUUCCAGAAAUGGAGGUCACGCAACCAACUUCCAAUCCUGUAACACCUAAGCCACCUCUGUUCAAUACCUUGCUUUAUUCGUUGGUGCCUAUAAUGGGAAUUGCAGUGAUUGUGCUCUUUUCAUUUUGGAUGUACAGACAUCACAAGCUAGCGUAUCCUCCAGUACUCGUUCCAACCCAAGAUCCUGGACCUCCACCACCUUCACCGUUGAUGGGUUUGAAGCCAUUGCAGUUACUAGAGAUCAAAGCUAGGGGAAGAUUUGGUUGUGUAUGGAAAGCUCAACUACUAAAUGAGUAUGUUGCAGUCAAAAUAUUCCCUAUUCAGGACAAACAGUCAUGGCAGAAUGAAUACGAAAUUUACAGUUUACCUGGAAUGAAGCAUGACAAUAUUUUGCAGUUCAUUGGUGCAGAGAAACGAGGCACUAGCAUUGAUGUCGAUCUCUGGUUAAUUACAGCAUUUCAUGAAAAGGGUUCAUUAACAGACUUUCUCAAGGCUAAUGUGGUCUCUUGGAAUGAGCUAUGUCAUAUCGCCCAAACUAUGGCUAGAGGCUUGGCUUAUCUUCACGAGGAUAUACCAGGGCUAAAAGAUGGACAUAAACCUGCCAUCUCACAUAGGGACAUCAAAAGCAAGAAUGUGCUGCUGAAAAAUAAUCUUACAGCUUGUAUUGCUGAUUUCGGUCUAGCUUUAAAGUUUGAGGCUGGAAAGUCUGCAGGGGAUACACAUGGACAGGUUGGUACACGAAGGUAUAUGGCUCCUGAGGUACUAGAAGGUGCUAUAAACUUCCAAAGGGAUGCGUUUUUGAGAAUAGAUAUGUAUGCCAUGGGAUUAGUCCUCUGGGAAUUGGCAUCACGCUGUACUGCCUCAGAUGGCCCAGUAGAUGAGUACAUGUUGCCAUUUGAAGAAGAAAUUGGCCAGCAUCCCUCCCUUGAAGACAUGCAGGAAGUCGUAGUUCAUAAAAAGAAGAGACCCGUUUUAAGAGAGUGUUGGCAAAAACAUUCUGGAAUGGCGAUGCUUUGUGAAACCAUAGAGGAGUGCUGGGAUCACGAUGCGGAAGCCAGGUUGUCAGCGGGUUGCGUAGAAGAACGGAUUAUUCAGAUGCAAAAAUUAACUAACAUUAUAACAACAGAGGACAUUGUGACUGUGGUCACAAUGGUGACAAAUGUUGACUUUCCUCCCAAAGAAUCCAGUCUAUGAUAGUUGCACUGGUCGUGUCACUGACCGCCGGGACUCUUCACUGGAGCUGCUAAAGCUAACGGGACUGCUUACGUCAUUACUGUUUUCUGUGUGAAAAGAAUGGUAAGUCUCUCUGGAACAUCACCAAGAGGUGUUUCUCCUUUAUUUUCCCCUUCCUCCUCCCAGACAUGGAUCCAUGAGACUUUUUGCAUUCCCUGCUUACACCCGAAGGACACGUGACUGAGAAGCGGUAACAUGCUGUUGAGGAACUUAAAUGAAGAAUACGGACCCGUACCGGCUAAUCAAGCGUUUUAAAAACUGACAUCAGAUUUCUUAAUACCUGUCAGAAGAGACUAAUUCCUUAAAUGAACUACUGUUAUUUUUUUUAAAUCAAACAUUUCAUUUCAGAUUUAAAAAAAGGGUAACUUGUUUUUAUUGCAUUUGCUGUUGUUUAUAAAAAUGACUAUUGUAAUGCCAAUAUGACACAGCUUGUGAAUGUUUAGUGUGCUGCUGUUCAGUGUACAUAAACAAAAGUAAUCAAGUGGGAUAUAGCAACGAGGCUUCCAAGUAUUACUUAACCUCCCUCAACAAGGUAUACCUCAGUUCCACCUCUGCUAAAUUAUGAGAUUGACAACACUAACAAAUUUGAAUAAUAAAUUGAUCCAUGUUUUGUAAAUGAUGUAUUUCAAAUUCACUGUGUUAUUUAAAAAGGGUAAGCUAUGCUUCAUGCCAACAGUAAAUGGCCAUUCCUAAAGCAGUGUUUUUAGCCUUUUCUUGUACUAGCUUGUUGUGUAUAAAAAAAAAAAACAAACAAACCAGUGCUGUUUAUUGAAACAAAAUUUUCCUUCCUCUUUCAGUUUAAAGCUUUUCUCUUACCUCCAUUUCCCGGAAUAUCUCGUACAUUUAUUUAACUGAACACUAUUUAGGUUUGCUGUGUCUGAGGAAUAUUUGAAAACUUAAGCAUGACUUUUUUUUUUAAUUUUCUGUGAGCUAUGACACUGGAAAGCUCUGAAUCCUUGUUCUUUUUUUAAAAAAGUCUUUUUCCUAUUUAUGUUUGUGGAAAGGUCUGCCUAGCGUGUGUUCUGUUUCACUAAACAGUAUGCAGUGGGUUCUGUAUCGCUGUUUCAGGAUCACCUCAGGAAGCUCAGCUACCCCGAAUUCCUUCCUCUCUGCUUUGAGAUCUGCAACUGCACUCCACGUAAAGCUUGGUGCCAUCUUGCCAGAGUACUGCUUAAUGUCUGCGAUACGUAGGUUUCUCCUAGAAUCAUACGAAAAAUUCUAGCCACAGAUUUCAGAUUAUACAUGCUUACAAAUUUCAGGGAUGAUUUAGUGACGCUUGCAACUUAAAAUACGCAAUGACAGUUUGGAGGUAACGAAUACCGACGGCCGUAGCACAGACUCGCAGAAAAUGAGGAAAACCAUUGAAACUGCUUUCACAACUCCAACCUUCUUUUUGAGUUUAGGAAGUCAUGCCUUAUAUUCAAAUUACGGAGUGGCUGGUAGGUAGGUGCCAAAGUGCUUCUGAGAAGUACCGUUUCGCUACGUUUAUUUGAUCCUUCACACAAACUUCCAAGUAAAAUAAAUCUUUCAAACCUCCAGAGGACAGAACCGACGAUAGCUGGUAGUACGCUGUGUAUUUCAUCAUUGUUUUCUUUGGUUUUACACCACGCGUUCAAUGUCUUUCGAAAGAAGCUUUUAAUGUUGCAGUUAGGAGCUCACUGUGAAUGUUACCUUGAAAAUUGAUCUGUACGGCCACAGGAUACUCUGUUUUACAUGUGCGUGAACUCAGUCUCUGGGAAUAGUAAGAGACGUUACGGCUAAACAAGACCUUGGCAGGGAGGGGAGGAAAGGUCUCCAUCUACCACCCCGUGCUGGCUGUCUUGCUGUUCGUCACGUGUGUGCCCGAGGUUUCAGGUAGCUGAAGAGCCCUGCUCUAAAGGGUCAUGGUGCUGUAGGGCGCAACGCGGUGGUGUUCAGCUUGGCUAGAAGAAGAAAGAAACCUAGGCUGCGGCUGCUUCUUCGAUUGACACUUUCGUUUUGCUUCCAUUUUUUAAGCCAGGGAUGUGACUUUACGCACGCAGCAGGAUGCGAACGUAGCUGCUGAGUUCUGAACAAACAAGAAUCCGUUCGUACUUCACUGAAGACCUCUGUGCUCCCCAUGAGUUUUAACCCCUUUACUAGCAAAAUUGGAGUUAGAUUAUGAAACCAUCUGUAUUUGUUACUCGAGAUCUGAUGCAAAAAUUGGUCACGUAUAAAAUGUGCAUCAUCUGUGUAUUAUCCUUUACACUUCAGCUACCGCGGGUUCUUGCAGCAGAGCGGUGGGCACUCGGGUGUCGCUCGUGCACUUCACGCUGCAAACAGCGCAGGGCCCUCGCUAACCUCACAGCAGGAAAACUGAGAGAACUUACCUCCGCGUUUUAAAACUGCCUCUGGCCAUCCCCCGUUGUUUAAAUAUUGUACUACUGCGAGUUUCCCGAUUGUUAACGGCAUAAUUUAGUGUCACUGUGAAAAGGAUGUUCGUGGUAUAAAUGUUUUUUAAUUGGCAACAGUAACAUCCCCAGAGCUGUUCUGGUACAGCUGCUCUCGCAGGGCGUUCUGAUGUGUAUUUUUGUGUUACUUCAGUGCGCGAGUUGGGAAGGUGCCCCAGCCAGCAGCGCUUUGCAAGUGUAAAUGAGGGCAGGAUUCAGCACGAUCGACACCAGUGGAAGUAUUUUGGCAUUGUUUACUAGCAGGCAGUGACUGUUGUCCCUUUACGCCCUGUAGUGACGUGGCGGGUGAGCUCCGAAGGGUCACCCUGUCCUGUGGCUCGUGAGGAACAGCUGGUCCCUUGCUCUUAACUUUCAGUGAAGUCUGCUGAAAGGGCGACCGCGGAUCUGCCGCAGGACUGGUAAAGGAGCUCCUUCCUGGCCUUGCCAGAAGUUUAAGCCCCGUGUUACUUUUAGAGGGUAGGGAGCUUCUGCAUCGUGUCCUGCGGGACUCUGUACUUAGGACUACAGGUACCGUAGGGUUUCAGAGCAGAGACCGUGCCUCGCAGUUGUUGGAGUUGUUGAACUAGCGCUGUCACUGGUGGUGGUGGUCUGAAACUGCACCGCGAGGGCCGAGAUCCGCCACCUCAAACCUUCUCUCCCAGAUUUUAAGAAGUCGGUGUGCUUUUCAAACACCGCCUUGCGGUACAACCAGACGGUAAUAAGACAUUUCCCGUUCGCGUUAGCAUCCGACAGAGUAAGUAGGGUUACCAGUUUGCUUUGUCCAGCUUCUCCUUUUUAACCUAUUUACUUUUAUUAGGAACACUUGGUACAAAAUGCAGAAAGCUGCGAUAUAUGUUCACGGGCAAAACGAUUCAAGUAGCAUCCUUGAUGGAACAUCAUUUACCUCAGAUACUCAACCAGCAGUACCUUUUUUUUUUUCCUUUUAUUUUAUUUUUUUUAACGCCGUUUCAGUCCAUAUACUAUUCGUUACCUCUCAAGAUUUUGGUAAGCAAUUAUUUUAACUUUACUCUUCGUAUUUGUCAGUGUUUUGGGCACAGGUUGUUGUACUACUGUCAAAAGGUACUUGCUGUUUUUCUGCAAGUACUAAAAACAAACCAACCCCCCCUCGCCCUCAAUAAAGUGAUUGUUAAAUAUUGUACAAAUAAAAAUGUAUACUCUUUCUCCCCUAUUCCCCCAAAAAAGUUAAAAUAAAAAAUGUGACUACUCUGACUUGCA